AGAAUUAAAAACACGUGGAUUAUUGUUGAGCCAUCAUGAUCCUAACAUAGGUUAUAAAAAUUUUGUUUAUUUGAAUUAAAUAUAGAUUUUAUAUGUGUAAAAUACUAUAUUUGUUUUGACGUCUUUAUGUUUCUCAUUUCGUCUGAAAAAUAUAAAUAUUUAAAAUGGUGAAAGCAAAGAAGAACUUGUCUGAAAUAGCACAAUUAAAACAUAACCAACAAAAAAAGAAAAAUUUAAAUCCCUUCGAAAUACAUAUAAAUAAAGACAAACAAAAUGUAUUAGGAAGGAGGAAUAAAGCAGACAGAGGUUUGCCUGGUAUAUCACGUGCUAAAGCUAUUAAUAAACGCAAGGGUACUCUAUUUCAAGAGUAUAAAUUAAAAAAUAAAGACAAUGUGUUUUUAGACAAACGCAUAGGUGAAAAAAAUUUUCGUAUGACACCAGAAGAAAAAGCUAUGGCAAGAUUUACAGCAGAACGUAUAAAAGCUCAUAAGAAAAAAAAUAUUUUUAGUUUGAACGACGAAGAAGUGCUGACACAUAGAGGCCAAACUCUUGAAGAAAUAGAAAAAUUUGAUGAUCCAAAGAGUGAUGAUGAAUUUAGUGAUGAUGAAAAUAGAGAUGGCAAACUAAAUAAAAAAUUUGUUGAAGCUCAUUUUGGUGGUGGCAUUCUAUCAAAAUCAGAUUCAACUAUAUCUAGAAAAGAUCUGAUUGAACAACUUAUUGCUGAAUCUAAAAAACGAAAAGCUGAAAAACAAAAGAUACGUGAGGAAACUUUGGACUUAACAGAAAAACUAGAUAUUGAAUGGAAAGAUCUUCUUCCAAUAAUGUCAGCAAGUAAAAUAUCAAAUCAAGAUCCUCUUGAUAAAGUAAAAGUUGAUGAUUAUGAUAUAGCUGUACGUGAACUAAAAUUUGAAGCUAGAGGCAAUCCUACUGAUAGAUUAAAAUCUGAGGAAGAAAUUAUUAAAGAAGAGAAGGAAAAACUAGAAGCGCUUGAAGCUGAUCGUUUAGCAAGAAUGAAAGGAUUUAUAUCCAAUUCAAAUGUAGAGCUGAAACAUAAAUCAGCUGAUGAUCUUGAUGAUGGAUUUGUAGUAGAAAAAAUAUCUGAUGAAAUUCAAAAUGAUGGAGUAAGUAAUGACAAUGACAUAUUUAAUGAUGACAUUAGUCAAAACUCAAGUGAUACUAGCAAUAGUAAUGAUUCUGAAGUUAAUGAAAAUGUAGAUGAAACAGAAAUUCAAGUAAAAAGAAAGAAGAAAUCUCUUGUAAAUGAUAAAAUCAACAAGACUAUAACAAAUAAAAUUAGUCAAGAAUCAAAAUUAAUAAAUGAACACGAAGAAAGUAAAGAAGAACAUGAAACAGAUUUGUGUGAAAAUUUUGAUGUGCAGUCAGAUUCUAAUGAUGUAGAAGAUGAUAGCUCUUCAAAUGAUGACUUAUCAGAUUUAAAACAAUCUGAUUCCUCUAGUGAAGAUGAGGAGAUAUCUGACAAAAAAAGUGUUACAUUUGGAAAUAACAUAUUUACUGAAAAAUCAAUUAAUCCCAAAAAUGAAAAGUUAAAGUCAAUAAUAAAAGCAAAUAAUGAAACAGUUAUUGAUAAGAUUGUCAGUAAAGAUAGGAAACAAGAAAUUAGAAAUGAUCUUUUAAAAAGAAAAGAAAGCAUGGAGAAAGCUAGAAAAGAAUUACCUUAUACUUAUAAAGUACCAGAAAGUUUUGAAGAAUUACAAAAAUUAUUACAAAAUCAAAAUCCUGAUUAUCAAUCAGUUAUUGUAGAUCGCAUAAUAAAAUGCAAUCAUUGGACUCUAGAUAAACAAAACAAAGAGAAAUUAUCCAAAUUAUUUAUUUUUUUAAUGCAAUAUAUUCUUAGUAAUAAUAUAGAAAACGAUAAUGUAGAAAAUAUCGUUAACUUUUUUCAAAUUUUUGAUAGAUUAUGUCCUUAUCUAUAUGACCUUACACAUGUAAAUCCUGAAAAUACUAAGGAUUAUAUAAUAGAAAUAAUAAAAGAAAAACAUGAAGAAUUUGAAAAGAAUAAGAAACAGUAUCCCAACAUAGACACACUUAUUAUUUUUAAAUUGGUAUCAUUAUUAUUUCCAACAUCUGACUUUAGACAUGUGAUAGUUACUCCUUGCCUUAUAUUUAUGUCACAAAUAUUGUUAACAUGUCGUAUUAAAAACAGAAAAGAUAUAUCAAAAGGUCUGUUUAUAUGUACUCUUAUGUUAGAGUAUACAGUAUUAAGUAAACGAUUUGCUCCAUCUGUUAUCAAUUUUUUACGUGGAGUGAUAUAUAUGGCUACGCCAAAACUUUUGAUUGAAAAAAUUAAGGUGAUUCCUCCUUUUAAAAAAAUUGGUAAAUCAAGUAAUUUAUUAAUAAUUGAUCACGAAAAAACAGGUUCAGAAAUGGAUUUAAAUACUAAUAUUGAAAUUAUGAAAGCAUGUGAUUUAGUAAAUGAAGAUAUAGACAAUGAUUAUAAAAUAAGAGUUUUAUUUACUACAAUAAAUUUAAUUAUUGAAUUUAAAAAUCAACUUCAAGAAUUAGAAUCUGCAUAUUCUAUAUUCGAACCAAUUAUGAAGUUAUUAAAAGAAAAUCCGUACAAUGGAUAUCCUUCUAGUUUAAAGGAACGCAUAAAACAAUUAUGUGAAGAAUUAAUCGGCUUAAAAAAUAAAAAGCUUGAAUAUAUCAUUCGUGAAAAGAAAAGACCAAAACCAUUAAGGCAAUAUGAACCUCGUAUUGAAAGAGUGUAUGAUGGCAAAAAGCAUAAGCCUAUGUCUAAAGAAAAAGCAGAAAGAGAAAAAUUACUUCAUAAAUAUAAAAAGGAAAUGAAGGGCGCUAUUCGUGAAAUAAGAAAAGAUAGAGUAUUCUUAUCCAAAUUACAAAUUAAACAGCAGAUCAAAAAUGAUACUGAACGCAAACGUAAAGUGAAAGAAAUAUUUGGUGAUGCAGCAAAACAACAAAAUGAACUAAAAAAGCUAAAAAAGAAAUAAAUGUAAAAAAUUAUAUAAAAAAUCAUGGAUACACUAUAAUGUGUUUUUCAUUAUGUAAAUAUAUUUUGUAUAUUAA